AUGGCGACCUGUAAAAACAUUUGGCUACAAGCAGCAGAGGCUAUAAAACAAGGAGACCUGUCAAUCUUACAAAGUCUCGACCUUGUAUCUGUCAUUAACAAUAAUUAUGAUGAAGCAACGUUACUAUCAAUAGCUUGUGGUCAAAACAAAUGUUGUCCUGAAAUUAUCCAAUUAUUAUUGGCAGUUCCGACCAUUGAUUUGAACAAAAAUAACGAAGAAGAAAGAACACCACUUCAGAUAGCAAAAUCAGAGAAAAACAUUGAAAUUAUUAAGUUAUUACUUGGUAAAAUAUUUAUUGAUGACCUUAAAGAUAUCGACAAGUAUACCACAUCCAAUGAUGGUGAAAUGAUAUUAAUAGGAUCAGAAAACGAUCCUUCCAUUUCGAAAAGUAUAUCUGAAUAUUUGAAGAAUCGAUCAUUGGUUUAUGGAAAUGAUCAGUAUAAUACUUUUUCAAAAGAGGAUAUUCCAUUGAAAGAAACAUUCAAUUCGUUAGAAGAUUACAUUCUUAGCCAUUUGAUUUCAAAUUCUGUUGCUCCAAAAUAUCAAUAUAAACCGAGAGUAACACCUGUACUAGACGAUCCAGUUAUUGACAGAUCAGAGAGAACACUUUUUACCAGAAGUGGCGGUAAUGGAGUAGUUUCAAAGGUUUCACUAAAUGGAAAACCAGUUGCUGAGAAGCUUUCAACUGCUUUCAUAGAUUUAGAGCUCUACAAAAAAAUCAGUGAACAUCCUG